AUGGCGUCGCGCAGGCGCCCAGAUUUGAAUCCAAAACUGCACAUGGACAGACAGCCAACAGCUGCACGCAUAACAGAUCCAUCUUUACCCGCUGGCAAGCGUCGCGAAAUAGACAACGUUAUGAAGAAGGCACGUGCCAAUACCACAAAUGAUUACUGGGACAAGAAACUCAUCGAGGCCGAGGAGAAAGAUCCAAAUCGCUGGCGUCACACUGGCUACAAGAAAAUGUAUAUUCAAGGCGAGAGCAGCUCUGGCGAAAGCGAACGCGACUCCGCUCAGGCCACCUACUCCCGUUAUCCGGGUGUGCCGCCCAACUCCGGACCGCCGCCGCCGUCGUCGUCGUCAUCGCGUUACGGCCGCUCAAGGUCACCGCAUUCGCGAAGUCGCUCACGUUUGCGCAAAUCGCCGCCGUUGUCACCGCCGCCGCCGUCGCAUGCACGUCGCCGAUCACCGCCGCCGCAGUUUAUGGAUCGGCGACCGGUAAUGUCGCCUCCAUCGCCCCAUCACAACGGACCGCCGCCAAUGCGUGGCCGCCCACGCUCGCCGCCAAUGCCGCCGCGCAGCAUGCCCCGCUCCCCCAACAACCACAACAACAACCACCACAACAACAGCAACAACAGCGACAUGCUGCGUCGUCCGGGCAACGGCCACGGCAGACCGCGAUCGCCGCCGGAACCAGCAACUGGUCCAUCUUCAUCACAGAUGCGUCGCAAACCAACGAACGCGUCGCGAUCACCGCUCGGCCGGCGUCGUUCGCCUCCGCUGCCGCCUCCAGCGUCGUCGUCGUCGGGAAUGGAGAAACGUGGCAUGGGACCGGCGCACAUUCUACCGCGCUCCAAGCGUCCACCAUCACCGCCCCCAAGGCAUUCAAUGCGAUCGCGCUCGAACAGUUCCAUGAGCAGCAGCUCGGAUGAUUCCUGUUCGCUGUGCUCUCCCAGUCAUCGUCACAGAUCUCGCUCCCGUGGUCCGCGUUCGCCUCCGCCAAAGCCGCGUGGUCAUUAUCGUGGCGCCGGUGCGCCUCCGCCGUUGCCACCGCCGGAGUCGCAUGGCCGUUUGCAUGGUCGUCCGACAACUCCGCCGCCGGCGCGUGCUGGCGUCAGCGGUGGCAUCGAUAAGUAUCGUGAGGCCAAAAUGCGUCAUAUAAGCCACGAACGUGCCACAUCGUCGGAUGUGCAUAUGAAAGUCGGUCGCGCGUCGCGUCAUUCACCGCCGCCAGAGGAUCCGCGUCUUAAGCAUCGGCCGCCAGAGCCACCAGAGCCAGCAGCACCCACAGCGGCUGCCGCACCGCAGGUCAAGAAGAAAAAGAAGGAGAAGGAGCUGCGAACACGUGUGAAAAUCGAGGGUGAGAAACGCAAGAAGCAUACGAGUGCGACGGUAGCAACGAGCGGCAGUGGCAAUAACGCCAACUCGUCAUCAGAUUCGGAUGAUUCGGGCGGUUCCGAUAGCGAUGAGGCGACUCCAGCAUUGCCAUCAUUUUCGGCAACCACGCGUCUAACGCUUUCCGAGCGAUUCGGCAAAAUGGCUCAGUGGAGCAUCGAUCGCAGUAAUAUGGAAAAUAUGCGCAUCACUAAAGACUCGGCGGGUGGUGCUCUCAAGGUGAUGAUCGAAGAGGGUCUGGAAUCGCCUCCGCGUCGGUAUUCGUACUCACCGGCGCCGGCUGGUCAUUUCCCCGAGGAGUUGGCCACCACAGCACCGUCGGGAAUGCUGUCGUGGGACGAUGUGCGCGUUCGUUACGAGUACUACAAGAGUCGCGGUUAUUUAAGGGAUUUGGAUCUUAAGGACUACAUCAAGUGGGAGGAAUGGUGGUAUAAAUAUCAGGAGUGGUUAAAACAGGAACGCUAUUACGAGUACUGGGAUCGCAGUCAACAGAUGCGACGACGGCGCAAGAAGCUGCCAGUUACCCAGCGUUUAAAUUAAUUAAUUGCACUUCAUUUCCCCAAGCUCAUUUGCUUUUCCCUUUCUAAUCCCAUUAUCCCUCCCACUCAUUCUGUUAGUUUUCUCCAUUUGUGUGUUUUUUGAUCAUUUCAGACUUACAGUAACCUACUUUUUUUUUGUACAUUUAGAAUGUAUAAAACCGCAUUUUGUCAGCUUUGUAUUUGAUAACUGAUUUAUAUAUUUAUGUAUAAUAUAUGUGCAUCAAUAAUCAACGGGUGUUGGGUGGGCACUGAUCACUAUAUGUUUAUAUAUAAAUGUAAUAUAUAUAUCAAAAUUAAACACAGAACAUUGUAAUUUGUCGGUUAUUUUGUCUGUGUAUAUGUUAUUUUUCCAGGCAGCAAGACACAUUUGUAAACACAUUAAAUACCAUACAUACAAAUAAAUGAAUAAAAAAUAUUUUCUUUGUGUA